AACUGCUUCAGAAUGAAGAAAUGUCCUGUGAAGAGGAUGUGCUACGAUGGCUGGCAGCUCAGGUUGAUGCGAGCAAAGAGUUCUGCCUUUGUGUGUCCAGAACUAAUCUCAUAGAGCGUGGACUAAUGCUUUGGCAGCGCCAGAAACACAGUUCACCACAAAAUGUUUUGAAGGUAACUUUCAUGGGAGAGGCAGGGGUUGACACAGGUGCUCUGCGGAAAGAAUUUCUUACAGAAAUGAUUGCUGGUAUUGAAACCAGACUAUUUGAAGGUGAAGAUGGAAAAGGCAAAAUGCCCAAAUACUCCAUCAAUGACCUGGAUAACGGGCUGUUCCGUGCUGCUGGUGAAAUAUUUGCUGUGAGCUUAGCUCAAGGUGGCCCAGCACCAAAGAUCUUACAAGAAUGGUGCUAUGAUUUCCUUUUAACUGGAAAUCUGGAAACAGUUGAUGUGAAGGAUGUGCAUGACCAAGAGUUGUCUUCAUUAAUCCAGAUGGUUGAAGAAGUGGAGGAUUUAUCAUCUUGCACCGAGCAAAUCAUCAACUGUGGUUACACGGGACCAAUUAAUAAGGACAACAAAGACAAAAUAAAGAGGGCAAUUAUGCUGCACUCAGCUGCAAGACGAACUUUAAUGCUUCGCCAGCUCCGUGAGGGAUUACAGCUUUAUGGCCUGAUGGGAGUCAUGGAAAAAAACAGACAACUUUGCCGGGACUUGUUUGUUGCUGGGAACAGCGAUGAGGUUGACUCGUUUUACAUUGUGUCACAUCUGUGCCCAAAGAUGAGUGAAAAAGGAACACAAAGACAUGCAACAGAGAUACAAAUCCUUAAUAAUUUCCAAGACUUCCUGCAGGAGCUUGAAGAUGGUUCUGCAGAAGAUGGACUGUCAGUUCCAGACGUGAUGCAGUGGUUAACUGGCCAGGCGCACCGGCAUUUGCUACUCUCAGAGAGAGAAACUUUUAAGAUACAUGUCAAUUUUGACCACACAUGCAUGGAGCGAAUGCCACAGCACACCACCUGCUACCCAGUUGUUAGUGCGUGCACACAAACAAUAACAUUUCCAAGUGUGCAUUUCGUCAAUAAGAAUGACUUUAACGAAAAAAUGGAAACGGCAGUCAAGAGCGGUGCAGGCUUCCACUUGAUCUAACAUAAGAUUCCAUUACUACUGUUGUUACUCUACUUAUGUAGGUCUGUUUUCUCAUCCGUUAAUGUAAACCCAUCCACCGAAACAUUUUAUUUUAGAUUAACUGUGAAAAGAAUACCUUCGUUAUGUUUACAAUGUUGCAGUUUCAAAGUUGAAAUAAGAAAUAAAGGUUUACAUUUUUCAAUGGUA